UAUGAUAACAGAAGCGAAGGUUAUUGCUCCCUGUUUGAUUAGAGAAAUUCGAAUUUUUGUCGCUUAAUAAAAAUGUUCCAUAAAGUAGCAUUGGGAGUUUCUGGAGGAGUUGAUAGUGCAGUUGCAGCGCUUUUACUUAAACGAGCUGGGUAUCAGGUGGAAGGCGUAUUCAUGAGAAACUGGGACAGCAAUUACGAAGCGGGUUAUUGUUCUGAUGAAAACGAUUUUGCAGACGCUACGUUUGUCUGUCGUAAGCUAAAUAUUCCGUUACACCGAGUAUAUUUCAUCAAAGAAUACUGGAAUGAAGUAUUCACUGUGUUACUACAAGAAUAUCAAACGGGAUUCACUCCAAACCCUGACAUUCUAUGCAACAGAUACAUAAAAUUUGAUAGUUUUUAUCAACAUUGCAGGAACAAUUUAGGUAUUGAUGUGAUAGCAACUGGACAUUAUGCAAACACAUCUUUUGGACCCUUUCUGGAGUACUACAAUAAGACGGAAGAUGUUAAAUUAUUACAACCAAAGGAUAAAUUCAAAGAUCAAACCUUUUUUCUGUCACAAGUAAAACAAUACUCCUUAAAAAGAUGUAUGUUUCCUCUUGCCAAUUUAUUAAAAACUGAAGUGAGAGAAAUUGCUAAAAAGGAAGGUCUUCUAAAUGUAGCGAAUAAAAAAGAUAGCACAGGAAUAUGCUUCAUAGGUAAAAAAAAGUUUCAAGAUUUUAUUGCAGAAUACAUUGAUACAAAAAAAGGACAAUUCAUAGAUAUAGAUACUGGAAGGAUUGUUGGUGUACACGAAGGUUUGCACAAGUGGACAGUAGGUCAAAGAUGUUGCCUGCCCAAUUGUAGAGAUGCAUAUUUUGUAUUGAAGAAAGACUUGGCAACGAAUAACAUUUAUGUGGUUGCAGGAACAAAACAUUCAGCAUUGUGGAACAAUAUUUGCAUCACUAUGCCACCUCACUGGAUUAGGAGAGAACCUCUUGAAUUAACAGAAAAUGGGGUGCUUAAUUGUUACUUUAGGUUCCAGCAUACAAAACCUUUAGCUCCAUGCAAAACUGUGAAAAAUUCCGAGGGACUUACUAUCAUCUUAAAAAAUAAUUUAAGAGCAAUUACUGAAGGACAAUAUGCAGUACUCUAUAAAGAUGGAGAAUGUCUUGGUAGUGCCAAAAUGAAAAACAUUUGUCACAAUUUUGUUUUUUAAUAAUUAAAUGCUUAGCAAUUAA